CUCAAACUCCGUUCUUCUCAACGUUUGUUGCCCAGCUCAAACUCAUAACCGGCAAGAUGGUAACCUUUGAUAAUAUGCUGCUCGCGACGGACGAGCUUGUCACCCGCAUCUUCAGCGAUUGGGAUGUUUACUCCACCAGCCUCGUCGGCGGCCUUAUCAUAUUUGCUACGGUCCUCACGGUCUGGGGACGAGAUCCUGAUACCCACCCUAUGCUAUUGUCGCGCCAGGCGCAACCUUCACCAGUUCGAAAUCCGGGAGAGUCGUCUGUGUACAGGUCUCAUUCUUCGCCCCAUGGCAUGGAAUUAAACACUGGGUUGAAUGUCAAAGAUCCGGGACAGAACAAAUGGUCGAGGGGACGCAAUGGAGAUCUGAGAGAUGUAUGGAGGAAGGCUGUUAGAGGGAGGACUGAUCCCGAGGGCAAUCCUACCGGCGAAAAGGGACGCAUUAUUACCAUCGUCGGCCCAGAGCAGACCGUUGACCACGAUCUUGAUGAGGUCUCGAAACAAAUCAACAUUAUCGGACAAUAUCUUAAGCACCAUGGAGGAAGCCGUGUGGCAAUAUACCUACCGAACUCAAUCGAACUACUGGCGGCGCUUUUCGCGUGCACAUUCUACGAUUUAACGCCCAUCAUCUUACCCUACGAUCAACCCGGGCAUGUUGUUGCUGAUAUGCUAAAGGUUUCCGAGGCGGAUACAUUGGUUACAGCUGUGGGAAAUCUACCAUUCGAUGCAGUCACCAAGGACUAUGCAGGAUUAAAGAACCUGAUCUGGGUGGUCGACGAGGGCAGCAAGCACUUGGACUGGGAUGAGGUCCCAACAGGAUCCGGCGGUGCAAUCCACGUUUCUACAUGGCAAGAGGUUGUCGAAGAGCAAUCUAACGUUUCCGCUGAGCUUCCGCCACUCGACAAGACCACGCCAAAGAAUGUCCUUUCAUUCUGGUUUCCCGAGAUUCACGAGCCUGGGGAAUUAGUCGAAUACACUCAUGGCAAUCUCGUGUCCGCUAUCUCCGCCCAGAUCUCUGCUAUCCCCACCACCCAGAAAAUCGGCCGCUCCGACCUCUUUUUUCCAGCCGACUCGCUUUCUUCGAACUACACUCUCGUCCUUACCCUAGCCGCAUUAUAUUACAAUGCUUCUCUGGCCCUCAACUCAGUCGCUAGCCGUGAAACUAACCUUCGCAACGCCACCCGUGGCGUCGCCCCUACUAUCAUCGUAGCAUCUGCACACACGCUUGCUCAGGUACAUGCCAACACCGCAGCCAAGCUGUCGAACGUUGUGUAUAACCUGAUCCACUGGUUCCAAACCCGCACGCUCACCGAAAACGGUGUGAUGCCGGUUGCCUCCAUGUUCUCACGCCUCAACGACGGCCUGAAGCCAGCCAUCGGAACGACUCCAGGAAAGCUGCGCUUCGUUUUCGUCUCUGAGCAGGCUGGUGGCAACUCACCGCCACUGAGCGCAUUGGCGUUGAAUGACUUGAGGAUAUUCACAGGUGCGCGGGUCGUCUAUGCUUUAACUGCAGCAAAGGUUGCGGGUGCAGUGACACAGACCUCGUUUUACGAUUAUCGAGCCGGUCCUAAGGAGCCUGGACAAUACUCGCACUUCGGAGCCCCUGUCAGCAGCGUGGAGGUGUUGUUGAAGGACACCAAACAUAGGAAGGUGACGGAUGAAGAAAUACAAGGAGAGGUUGUUGCCAGAGGACCUGCCGUUGUUGGCGGCGAGGCUAGCUUGGGGAUAGUUGGAAGAAUCAACGAAGAUAAUACGCUUGCGUAUCUGUAAACGUGAGGCUAUGACUGGCCUUCGAUGAGUAUGUCGAAAUAUACGCAAUGCAAGGCUAGAAGACGGCAUUGUUUGAUCACAUUUGAAAGUCAAAAGGAGAAAAUACUUAUGAUGUCUAUUA